UAAGCACCGCCUCCGGUAUUUAACCACCACACCCAUCUCACACUGCAUAGCAGGGACUAUUCUGCACUUUUGCUCUGUUGGUCACCAAGGACAUCAGGGAUGGCUCUGGUUUCUGAGUUCUUAGGUCAACUCACUCUGAAUCUGGGAGGUGGCGAGCCCACCUACCCUACUGUGGUGCCAGUGGGUGAUUUUGACCCUGAUAAAGAUGCUGCCAGAAUUGAGACUGCUAUCAAAACUAAAGGGGUGGAUGAGCAAACCAUAAUUGAUAUCCUCACCAAACGGACAUAUAACCAAAGACGAGAGAUCGCCUUUGCAUAUGAGAGGAGAGCCAAGAAGGAUAUGAUCUCAGCUCUAAAGGGGGCGCUGUCUGGCUCUCUGGAAACAGUAAUUCUAGGCCUCAUGAAGAGCACUGCACAAUAUGAUGCCUCUGAAAUCAAAGCCUCUGUCAAGGGUCUGGGGACAGAUGAAGAGACCCUGAUUGAAAUUGUCUGCUCUCGAAGCAAUGCAGAGCUCAUCGAGAUUAAGAAAGUCUACAAGGAAUUGUUCAAGAAGGACCUGGAGAAGGACGUUGCUGGUGACACUUCAGGAGACUUCGCUAAACUGCUGCUGGCUUUGGUUCAGACCAAGAGAGAUAGUCCCAGCUCUAUCGUUGACUACCAGAAAAUCGAUGAUGAUGCUAGAGCCUUGUAUGAUGCUGGAGUCAAAAGAAAAGGCACUGAUGUGAAGACCUGGAUCUCCAUCAUGUCAGAGAGAAGUGUUCCUCACCUCCAGAAAGUGUUUGAGAGAUACAAGAGUUAUAGCCCCUACGACAUGCAGGAGAGCAUCCGGAAGGAGGUGAAAGGAGAUCUAGAGUUGUCCUUCCUGACACUGGUUCAAUGCUUUGAAAACAAGCAGCUCUAUUUUGCCAACAGACUGCAAGACGCCAUGAAGAGCAAAGGUGCAAAGGAAAAGUUGCUGACCCGAAUCAUGGUGUCCCGAUGUGAGGUGGACCUAAAGAAGAUCAGACAAGAGUUCAAGGCCCACCACGGGAAGUCUUUGUACCAAACCAUAGCUGAGCACACAAAGGGAGAUUACCAGAGGGCCCUGUUGAGUCUGUGUGGAGGAGACGACUAAACCAGACCAUCACGGCUCCCGGCAGUCGCCAGGAAGGCUCACGAGAAGGACUUGAGCUCUGUGCAGGGCUAGACAUACAUCUCCUGCACCUGGCCUUGAAUAUAGUCCCUACCCUGCUGCAGCUUUAGAUACAGGCAAUCAGUAAACAUGCACUCACUUAGACUGGAAAUAACCAGUGUUUUCCAUUAAGGACGAUUGCCCUUUAUAAGAUCUAAAUGUGCCAUAUCUGGUUUUGAACCUCAUUUAUUAAUCAGAUCAGCAAUAAAGCGAACUGAUACUGGCACAUUUUAACUGAAGUACUUGGUUGUUACAACUAUAUACAUUGUACUUUUCUGGGCAGACAUGAGUUUUCUUUACUAAGGAAUAAAAGAGUAACACAA